CUGUGUGAUUGCCGCUGAAGGCUCAGAGUCCGCUGAACUGAGGCCAUUUAACUCAGUGAUUGGGAGGCAGACUGAGGAGAACCGUGCUGUGGAUAAAUGCGUCACAGAGCAGAGUUUUAAAAUAAAGUCUCAGUGGCAGUUUUGUGUGAAACGGUUUCAUGCUGAAGCGUCAUGGCUCAGUCUGAUUACAUAGAGGAGAACCUUAGCGCUUCGAGCAGUAGCAUCCUCACUAAUCUACACUCCCACUUUGGAAAUAUCAACGAAUUGACCACGUAUGCGAGAGAGCAGCUUUCAGCAGAGUUUCCCACCCUGGAGAACGAUGGUGCACAGGACAGUGGAGCUCUUGAUGAGAGCGAUGACUCCCUGAACCAGCAUGAAGACGACAGCUCUGCCAUAGACAUAUCGACUGCCAUCAGGUCGGUGGCUUUACAGGGCACGUGGAAUUUGGCAAAAAUGCUCUCAGUGCCCGAGUUACUCUCUGUUCCCAGAUUUGAUGAGGAAGAUCAGGAUACAAAUGCAGACGGGGAGGGAGAGCCAGUAGAGGAGGCAGAGUGGAGCAUAUCAUUCCAGUCAAAGUACAUCCACGUUUUCCCUCUGUAUCAGGACUACUGUCUGCAGGUGAAGAAUGAUCUGCACAGACUCAACAAGAGUUCUCUGUCUGAACUGAUAACGCUGCAGGGUCUGCAGUUCCGUCUUGGCCCUCGUUCCCAUUCUGAGACCUCAUCACCACAGUUGCACCCUGCUGAAGCGACGCCAUCCUCACCUUCAACUCAACCCAUCAAGGUGACUCCAUGCACCCUUUGGCAAGAUCUAGAUGAGGUGAAGGCAUCUGGCCUGCUCAGCAGUUUGACCGCCAGAGAGAUUCACCUUCAGGAGUCCAUGUUUGAGUUGAUCGGUUCUGAAGCGUCCUACCUGAGGAGCCUUGGAGUGGCUGUCAAUCAUUUCCAUGCAUCAAAGGCCCUGAAGCAGACCCUGUCUCCGAUGGAGCAUCACUUUUUGUUUUCCAACAUUCGUCCCAUCAUGGCAGCCAGUGAGAAGUUCCUCAUGGAUCUGGAGAUGCGACUGGGAGAGAGUGUGUUCAUCUCUCAGGUUGGAGACAUUGUGCUCCAGCAUAGUUCACAGUUUCACGAUCUCUAUGUGCCAUAUGUGACAAACAUGAUGUAUCAGGAGAACUUGGUCAACCAGCUGCUUCAGCAGAACAGAGACUUUGUGUUUUCACUCAAGAAGCUCGAGAGUGACCCUGUUUGUCAAAGACAGGAUCUCAAGUCGUUCCUCGUCCUUCCCUUCCAGAGGAUUACUCGUGUUAGACUUCUGCUGGAGAACAUCCUGAAACUGACUGAACCAGACACGGACUCAAUUUCAAAUCUUGAAAAAGCAAUCAAAGCCAUUCAUGAGAUUGUGACCAACUGUAACAAGGGAGUACAAAAAAUGAAACACAUUGAGGAGCUGGUCUGCCUGGAGGCGCUGCUGGAUUUUGACAAAGUUAAGUCAGUUCCUCUGGUGGUGAGUGGGCGGUUCCUGGUGCACCAGGGUCCCAUGAGACAGCUGACUGUGGAGGGGACUUAUAACUCCAGAACAUCAUUCAUCAGCGUCUACCUCCACCUCUUCAAUGAUCUCCUGAUCAUCUCCUCCAAAAGGGAUCAGCGGUUCAUAGUUCGAGAUCACACUGAGUUCCCUGCACAUGUGCGUGUUGAACAGCUGAAGCCCGAAGUCCUGAAUUUACCUUCAGACUCCUUCCUGCUACAUCUCUCUCAAAGUCAAGUAGGACACCCCACUGCCAUGAUAUUUGUCACGAACACAAGGUCAGAUAAAGAGGCGUGGAUGAGGUUGCUGUCAGGUGAACAGUGAUGGCAUCAUGACAAUUUAGAAUUUGAGGCAUCAAACUUUGGUUGUUUUAAAUUCACGUUAAUAUUUUCGAUAAUUUACACAUUUUCACCCUUGAGAUUUAUCUGAACUUGACUGCACUUCAAAAUGUUCAGCACAGUCACAUGACAUCAUAAGACAAAACACAAGAGAAUUCAAACAAGCAAAUUCACAGUAGCAGACACACGGUGUGAGGGGAUCUUUUUUUAACUUUUAUUUAAUAUUGGCCUCUUAGGCAAUGUUCAGUUUUCUUAUUAUUUUGACCUUAUUAAAUCAGCCUAAUGCACAAAUGUCUAAACCAAAUGAAGAUGGUCAAAAAGAUAACAAAACACAAACAACACACAACAAAACUGAUUCUCAAUGUGAAAUAUUAUUUCAAUUUUAGCACAAACCUAAAUGAACAUUCUUACUGAGAACAUGUGGCCCCAGGUGAUUAAAAGAACCAUUUUGCAGAAAUACAAUUCAGAGCUCUUAUGAUAUUAAUGCUUGACUGAUGUUAUAUACUGUUUUGAAAUAAAACCUGGUAAAAGAUAA